AUGAGUGGGAGACUACUCUCCCGCAGCGCUACGCUGCUCUCGGGCAGAACGGUUGCGCGCCAGUUUCAGUACUUGGGCGUCACCAGAGCUGGGGGGCUCAUCAAUCCUCAGGGAAGCGCAUACUUACGUGUGAGAUCAUGGCCGCUAGGAACGAAUGCUAUUCACAAUGUUCCGGCGGUCAGGACGAUAUCCUUUGCGCGCGUCCUGCCCAAGCUUGCCCUGAAGCUUGCCCGCAUACCUGCCAUGUUUGGAGGCGCAAUGAUAGCAGGCCUUGCAUAUAUCCAGUAUCAAGCAGCUCAAGCCGGAAAUUAUGCAAUCGAUGUGAUAAAAUCCGCCAGCGAAACGGCAGGGGGUGUAGCCUUGGAUGCGCUCCAGGGCCUUCGAGAUAUUGCGGAACAGACGCAACAAGGCAUCCAAAAUACAAAGGAUAAUAUUCAAGUACCGGAAUGGGUGCAAAAAAUUCUUCGAAUGAACGAAUAUGCUCCCUCCGGCCAUGGAGGAUCUUCGGGCGGCGGUGGGAGCGGUGGCGAAGGAGGGCCCCCAAAGAAGAGCAGCACGGGAAUAGCAAUGGCCGGUGCUGCCGCUGGCUCGAGCUUAGGAUUUGAUUCCGAUCAGGAGAACAGGAGCGCCGCUACCCUGGCCCUGGACGAGCAAAUGAUGACCUUGACCCGGAAAAUGAUUGAAAUCCGAAACAUGCUACAGCGUGUCGGCCAAUCCAAUACGCUGACAUUGCCAUCUAUAGUGGUAAUUGGAUCACAAUCAUCAGGCAAGAGCUCAGUACUGGAAGCCAUCGUUGGCCAUGAAUUCUUGCCAAAGGGAUCCAACAUGGUUACUCGCCGUCCUAUAGAGCUUACUCUGGUCAAUACCCCUGACUCUUCUGCCGAAUAUGGCGAAUUUCCGGCUCUGGGAUUAGGAAAGAUAACAGAUUUUAGUCAAAUUCAACGCACCCUGACUGACCUAAACCUUGCAGUCCCAGAAAAGGAGUGCGUCAUUGAUGAGCCGAUCCAACUUUCAAUUUACUCUCCACAUGUCCCUGACCUUUCUCUGAUUGAUCUGCCUGGUUAUAUUCAGGUUGCUGGCCGCGGUCAGCCUCAAGAAUUGAAACAAAAAAUUUCCGACCUUUGUGACAAGUAUAUCCAGGCUCCCAACAUUAUACUAGCAAUUUCCGCCGCAGAUGUUGAUCUGGCCAAUUCCACAGCACUAAGAGCCAGCCGGAGGGUAGACCCUCGUGGCGAAAGAACUAUUGGAGUCAUCACUAAAAUGGAUCUUGUCGACCCUGAACGAGGUGCUAGCAUUCUCUCGGAUAGGAAAUACCCUUUGCGCCUAGGCUAUGUUGGGAUCAUAAGUCGCAUCCCGCAAUCCGCUGGCCUGUUCUCUCGUGGAAGCGGAAAUAUUUCAAACGCGAUAGUGAAGAAUGAAAAUGCAUACUUUAACGCACAUCCACGGGAGUUUGGCCCUGAUAGCGAAUUGUUUGUGGGUACAAGUGUCCUUCGAAAGAAGCUCAUGCAAACCCUAGAACAAACUAUGGCGUCUAACCUUGCUGGGACUCGUGAUGCGGUUUCUCAAGAAUUGGAAGAAGCUACGUACGAGUUUAAAGUCCAAUACAAUGACAGGCCUCUAAGUGCAGAAUCAUACCUUGCCGAGAGCUUAGAUAGCUUCAAGCGCUCCUUCAAGGAGUUUAGCGAGGGGUUCGGGCGGCCACAAGUUCGGGAGUUGCUAAAAGCCCAGCUAGAUCAGCGCGUUUUAGAUAUCCUGGCUCAGAGGUAUUGGAACAAGCCGAUAGAGGACAUUUCACUGGCUCUACCAGAAGUUGAUCCUUUAAGCAGCCUACCUACCUCAAGCCCAGAUUCCUUGUACUGGAGGCGAAAACUUGACGCUUCUUCAUCAGCUCUUACUAAGUUAGGAAUUGGCCGGCUGGCUACGACAAUUGUUGCAAACUCAUUGCAAAACCAUAUCGAUUCUUUGGUAGCAUCGUCAACUUUCAAUGCACAUCCCUAUGCGCGGAAAAUCAUUGAGGAGGCUUCCACUACCAUACUCAACGAUCGAUUCUUUAGUACGAGUGACCAGGUUGAGAAUUGCAUCAAACCUUACAAAUUUGAGAUAGAGGUUGAUGAUAUGGAGUGGUCUAAAGGGCGAGAAAAUGUGACUAGAAGUCUGAAAGAAGAGUUAAAGGCAUGCGAAAGUGCACUGAAAAACGUUGAAAACGCAGUGGGAAAGCGGAAACUUAGGGAUGUCAUGUCAUUUGUGGAUAAGUCACGAAAAGGGGAUAUCAACAUCGAGGGUGAUAAUACUGGUGGUGCUGGAGGGUUCAGUGCAUCGUUGAUUGAGCAAGCCCGAAAUGCUGCCUUUCUACGUGAUAGGGCUGACAUUCUGAAGAUGCGGCUCCUCGCCGUCCGCUCUAAACAAUGUUCCUCCAAGAAGAACCGACAUUACUGCCCAGAGGUGUUCCUAGAUGUUGUUGCCGACAAGCUUACUUCCACAGCGGUGCUUUUCCUCAACGUUGAGCUUCUAUCCGAAUUUUACUACCAUUUCCCUCGGGAACUUGACCUAAGAUUGGGUCGUCACCUGUCUGAAGCAGAGGUAGAACGAUUCGCCCGUGAAGACCCGCGGAUCAGAAGACACUUGGACGUGAUUCAGAAGAAGGAGAUGCUUGAACUAGUUUUGGAAAAGAUUGAAAGCUUGCGGCAAUUGGAAGGGCGCAGCAAAUCCAAUCCGAAUCAAGCGGCUGCUACGAAGGAACGCGUAAAGGGAAGUUGGCGCCUAUUCUAA